UUGCAUAUCUAACCUAGUUGUUGGGCCAGCUGACGUGAUAUAAGCUACAUAAAGGCAUUGUGUGAAAUUAAUGCAUUUGCAAAUUGAGAACCUGCCCUUGCAUGAUGGCGGAUGUGUGUGUGUCCAUAGGACAGACUGCAACAUUACCGUAACCGACCAACACUGAAAAAUCGACCGCCAGUGGCGUAUAGCUAUCAGGAAGACACGAGACAAAUCCAUAGAAAUCAAAUCGGGAACUCUGUUUCUAAAAAAAAAAGAAAAAAAAAGAAAAAAAAAAAAAAAAAAAAAAAAUGCUCCGGAAAGGGCCGCUUGUUUCGUCAUUUUAAGAUCCGAAAGGGAGGAUUUCUUCAUUCCCAGAAAAUUUUUCCGCAUGACCUGCAUCAUUUUGGGAGGUAACAAAGUAGCGCGAAAGCGCCUUUCCUCAUUAACAAAUGAUAUGUAAUAAAAUGUAACACAACUGAGUUUCAACGCUUUGAUUUCAGUCAUCUGGAGUUCGUUUUUGUGCACGCGGUCUUACUCUUGUUUGGCUGUUUCAAGAAAAGGGGACAGGAAGGGAGAGAAGAUUGAAGGAAUAGUAGAAGAGUGUCCUCAAAGCUCUGCACCAGGAGUUUCAAUCGCUCUUGCUGUACAGACGAGUCAUGAGCUGUCAGGAGGUGCCCAACCCCAGCCAGGAGCCGAAGGACACUUCCGUAGUCCCCACAGAGGCAGGAAACACACAAGCUGUCCCUACGACCUCCCCAAAGCCUCUAUCCGUCAAAGUAAAGACUGAGGUGGCUUCCCCCAGCGAGUCAGUGGCCAGUAAUGGCAAAGCCAGUGACAGCAACAUGCCUGCUGAGAUCUGUGUGGUUUUAGGGAACAACUCGCGCAACUCUCAAACACAAGGAUCUUACAUUUGUGGAAUAUGUGGAAAAAAGUACAAAUACUACAACUGCUUUCAGACACAUGUCCGAGCUCACACAGAGUCAGAGAGUACAGCAUCUGGAGAAGGAGCAUCCCUAGGAAUCAAUAGUGCUUUCCGCUAUACUUGUGAUGUAUGUGGGAAAAAAUACAAGUACUACAGCUGUUUUCAGGAGCACAGAGACCUCCAUGCUGUUGAUGGUGAGCAAUAUCCAUAUGACCAUGUGAUACCUGUAGAUGACCCAAAAGAGGAGACUGAACCCUACCAGAAAAUGGGACCAAAAACAGGAAGUUACACAUGUGAGUACUGUGGAAAACAGUACAAAUACUUCAACCCUUAUCAGGAGCAUGUGGCUCUUCAUGCUCCAUUAAAGGGAAAUUACAGCCUUAAAAUGGAAGGGAAAAUGUCAAGCCAGUCAGGACAGUCUAGUCGUGCAGACAUCAGUUCCCAGAACUCAAGUGAUACUCCAAACAGCCGGGCUUUCAGUUCUCUCCCCAGCUCUCAGAAAACCUACACGUGUGGAGCCUGUGGAAUUCCAUUUCAGUUCUACAACAACCUCCUGGAGCACAUGCAGUCCCAUGCUGCAAUCAAGAACAACUGGAAAAUUAAUGGAAAUACAUUGUUCAAAAGGUGUGGGGACCCUGUAUUAAAGGUUUUGACUAAGUUUAGCUCAGCUGAUAAUGAGAAUCAUAUUAAAGAUGAGUCUCCGAAACCUUGCCAAGCACCUGCAGCCACACAGGAGCAGAUGUGGAAACCUCCACAGCCGGCCCAACAGAGAAACCAUGUACCCUCUUUUCAGAAUAGAUUACUCCCAGAAAAAGAGAGGCAACAAGUGGCUGAGCGUUUACUGAGGGUUAUGUGUGUGGACCUUGGCCUUCUGGGUGUUCUCAGCAGUAAAGAUUUCCUUAAACUGGCUCAGACCCUGGUGGACACUGGUGCACGUAACGGUGCUUACUCCAUCCGUGAAGCCCUGGGAGAUAUGAGCUCGCUUGCCCUUAAGCAACUCCCUCGGAUGUAUAAUCAGGUGAAAGUUAAAGUGACCUGUGCCCUGGGUUCCAACUCUUCCUUGGGCAUUGCAGUGACCUGCCAUUCACAGACAGUGGGACCCGAUUCAUGCUACUUGCUAACAGCAUAUCAAGUAGAGGGUGUGCGACUCCGACGCUACGUGUUGGGACUCAAGGAGGCCACUCUAAGGGAGAAUCCUGAGCAGAUACACCACUGGGUACAGAAUGUUCUGUCCGAGUUCGUCAUGUCAGAAAUCCGCACAGUCUAUGUGACUGAGCCACGCUUGUCUUCGCUAGCAUUUUGCGGUCGCACCGGAGUUAGUCUCCGUUGUGCAGGUUGCUCUCUAACAGCCACAGUUCAGGCUGUACUUGGCCGGCGAAGCCUGCAAGCACGAGGGCUCCACGAACUAGGUGAGCUUCUGGCUACAUGUCGCGACAUUGCUGCAACGACCAGCUUUAGCCGUGAGGUUAAAGCUGCAGAGGAAUCAGCCGCUCCGCCCUGCUGGGAUCCAGUUGCAGAGGCCUUGCUCAAGGUUCAUGACAACUUUGAGGCCACCUGCGAAGCAUACGGCCGGUCCAAGAGCACCGUGCCACUCUUGCAGGGCCUGAACAAGCACCUCCUUGGCACUCUUGCAUGUUUGCUAGCACCACUAAGACAGGCAGCACAGGAGCUGAGUGUCGAACGCUGCCCCACACUGCAGCACAUGCUCCCUGUCUACCUUCGUCUUGAAAAACUUUUCACCUCUAAAGCUGGUGAGGCGGGUGCUGGCAGUAAGCUCUGCCACUACUUCCUGGAGGCCCUGAAGGAGAACUUUAAAGUGGAACGCAUCCAUCAAGUUGCAAUGAUCCUGGAUCCACAACUGAAGCUACGGCCUGUCCCAGCAUACCAGCAUGAAGACAUAAUCUCACGAGUGUGUGACAUGGCUGCUAAUAUUAAGGAAACAGGAAGUGGUGGAUCUGGAGGAACAUCUGUGGAUGAGAGGGAUAGCGACGGACCCUCAGCAGCCAAGCGAGGGCACCUGGACUGUGGGUUAGAGAGGGCACCAUGCGGGACUGAAGAGCCACAGGUACGAAAGGAGCUGUUCCAAUACCUCGGUGAACCACUGUUCAGUGGCACAGGUGAUCUGUUGCAGUACUGGAGUUCGGUCAUGGACCGAUACCCCAGGCUAGCGCGGUUAGCACUGUGGUUGCUGGCCGUACCGGCAGUAGCUGUUCAUGGAGAAUGCGUGAACAUAUGCGAGCAGACCUUAGCCAUGAAGAGAAAGCAGCAGGUCACUGCAGAGGAGAUGAACAAGCUGGUCUUCCUCAAAAGUAAUUUUGCUUGAGGCAGCUCAGGGCUUUCAGCUAAUUGCACCAUAGACUGUUUAAAAUGAAGACAUCAAUGAACCAGAUGGAUGAUUUAUUUCUCUUUUUUCCCCUCUUUACGAAACAUAUUUUACGUAAGUGUCUACCAUUGAGGCUCGUGAUAGGCAUAUGCAAAGAAGAGAUACAAUGACAAUAGAUCGACAAAUGCCUGUUCAGACCAUAGUUUAGCUUUUCCUACAAAGCAACUCAUUAUGCCCUGGAUUUGAACAUGUUUUUAAUAUACUGUAUUAGUUGAACAUAACUUAAACAAAAUUGUCAUCUUUUUGAGUCAGUUGGCGAUUCAUUUAUCCCUCUUAAAAUCAUUUUGUGGACCACAUUAGAGUUUCAGUGAAUUGAUUGUUGAAAUUAUCAAUGACAAUUUAGUGAAGGUAAAAACGGGGUACUUAGAAAAAGCCAUGAUUUGCAAUUACGUCUUUAUGAAAAUCACACAAAGCUCAAUACCUCUUUGCGUUUUUGCAGUGGGCAAAUAGACUGUAUAGAUCUAAGUGUUGUGAUUUGGUGUGCCAUGAUUUAGUAACUGUUUAACCACUUUCAGUGUGUUAAGCUCAGUAUUGUACAGUUGCAAGAGUUUACGGCCAGCAGAACUCCAGUUUGUAAAUUAAUGCUUUUGCAGUUAUUUAUUUUCACAAUAACAUUGCAAUAACAUGUUACGUAGCACAAGUUACUCUCAAGCUGACUUUGAUGCCUUGGACCUUUUUGUAGCAGCCUUUUUCCCUCACUUUUAUAGCUCACUGGCAUAAUUUCCAUCUACAAUACAAUCUGCAGUAGUUAAAAAUUUAUUUUUGUGUUUUAAUCCAAUGUUGUUGGGGAUCAGAAGUAUAUGGGAUUGUUCUCUGAAGCUGUGCAAAGUUCUGGUACAGUUAUGUGUGAAGUUUGAAGUUGAAAUAAGGCUAAAAUGUUAUUCAGAAUCUGUCUCUCUCACUGUCUCAGUACAAACCUUGCACAGAGGCAGCUAAUUGUAUUAUUAUUUGAAUGCAUUUUCUGAUUGUAAGAUAAGGAAAGCUAAACUAAUGCUUCAUUAUUAAUGCACUGGAUUUCUGUUAUCAGCAUUUUCCUCAUCAAUCUGUAGCAGUUUAUUUGAGUAGUGAAAACCUUGCAAAGUUAUUCCAUAAAGUUCAAACUUCCACAUGAAUUUUCACUGCCUUGGAUCAACAUUUUUAAACACUUCAGUGAAUGAACAGAAGUUCUAACUUCCAUGAUAAAAUAAAUAAUCUUCAAGAGUAUUUUACUGUAGUUUUCAUGGAAAGAUGUGAUUACCGGUAGUUUUAUAUAAUUUGUCUAGUAAUGACUUGAACAUCUUUGUGAUUUUACAGAUAUGCAUGCAGGCAAAAUAAGAGUUUGUUUAUUUAUUUAUUUUUUAUCUUUGUUUAAGAGAGCCCGAGAUGCUUGUGGGGAUCAGACAGGCUGCGCUGCGUUCACACAGCUGUAAUCACUAAUAUCAACCUUUCUCAGGUUAUGGAAAAUGGCAGAAAAUAGGGCUGUUGACAAAAUUCCUGUCUGCUGUUUCAAAGUAUGUACAGGACAUUUGACAGUAAGUAAAUGACAGCUGUUAGUAAAUAUGGUUUAAAUUUUAAACCAUGACUGUGUGAACGUAGCCAUAAAGCGUGAAUUGCUGAAGAACGUAGCUAAUGCAAAAACUAUUCUGCUGAAGAGAAAUCUAGCAAGGGUGCAUGUGAUCGGUUGAGGUAUCUCACAUACCCCAAAAUAAAGAUGUUCAUACUGGCUAGCAUGUAAAGAAAAGUUUGUGUAAAAAAGGCUUUAAAUUUGACCCUGAAAUGGAAACAGCUGCUGUCGUAUAUUGUUGUAUUUCUCUGUAACCACAAGAGGGCAGAAGUGUCUUUGCAAAGAGUCUCUAAAAACCUUACCUCUGUUUUCUAUUCAAACAUUACAGAUAUUUUGAUAAACUCAGUCAAUGAAUAUGAUGGACUUCAUGAAGGUUUUACUUUUUUGUUCAUUUUUCUGAAUGAAUGUGUGUUAGUCUUUGGGUAAAAAUGAAAAUGAGUAGAAUGCAACAUGCUCAUGCAGCCAGGUUUGUUUAAAAUAUACUGAUAUCUGAAAGUAUAAAACACUGUUUUAAUCACAACUAUUUAUGGAUACACCACAGUUGUUAAUAUUACUCUCUGUUUGAGAAGAAUUUUUUUUUUCUUCCUGUUGUUGUCUUGCUUAGUCUAUAUGUUUGUCAUUGACAGGCAUCUUUCUGAUUUUGUGUAUUGAGUUGUUUUAGCAGUAGGUCUAAUUUAUACAUUUUUUUAACAACACUAUUUUUAUAAACAUGACUGAUAAUGGUUUUCUCUCCUUAUUGACUGUCAGUAGUGUACUACACUGUUCUGAGAAUCUAUCUACACUUGUAGUAUGUGCUGUGUGAAUAAAAUAUCCUCAGUGAGUUCAUUUUUAUAUAAUUUUGGAUGGUUGCGCUUUAUAUUACAGUGUAUUAAUGCAAGUAUUGAAAACUGCAAUUACUUAUGUUUAUGUAAUAAUGUUUACGUAAUGAGCAAAUAUUUUGCAAGUAGAAUUGAAAUAAAGACGAACAAGGAGUCUUGCAACAAAUUGUAUAGCCCCCACAGAGCCCGGAUCUCAACAUCAUUGAGUCACUCUGGUAUUACAUGAAGAGAUGGAAGCAAUUGAGACAGCCUAAAUAGAUACAUAAAUAGAUACCUCGAAAAAACUGUGUCCAGGUGUUCCUAGGAGAUUUGAUGCAGUUUUGAAGGCAAAGAUGGUCACACCAAAUAUUGA